ACAACAGCUGCUCGAUUUAAAAGCUAUCGACGGUGUUGCUCUAACAGCAACUGCUACUUAACAGUGUUUACUUAACAGUGCUCACAUAACCUGCUGCGGCGUUUUCUUAUUAUAAAAGAAACACAACUUCGGACAAAAUGCAAAUCACACGUGUCUUAUUGCGUCAGGUUGCACGCCAAAUCCGCACACAACGUUCUUAUAGCGCUGCUGCGACCGCAGCGGCUGCGCCAGCUGAGAAACUUGUGCCGCCACCAGCUGAGGGCAGCGCGAAGCCACCAAAUCCCAAACUGGACAGCAUUGUCAACAAUAUAGCGGCGUUGAAUCUGCUGGAGGUAGCUGAGCUAAGCUCACUGCUAAAGCAGAAACUUAAUCUGCCGGAGGCGGCCUUUGCACCACAAAUGGCAGUCGGCCCCAUGCGUGCUGCAGCAGCAGAGGAUGAGGAGGAGGCAGCGCCAAAGAAAGUACAAACAGCAUUUAAGGUGAAAAUGGUCAAGUUCGAUGAGAAGCAGAAGGUUGCGCUAAUCAAGGAGGUGAAGAAUCUGCUGGAGGGCAUGAACUUGGUGCAGGCCAAGAAGUUCGUGGAGAGUGCACCCACCAUUGUGAAGGAGGACAUACCCAAGGAGGAGGCAGAGAAGCUGAAGGAAGCGCUAACCAAGGCUGGCGCUGUCAUAGAAAUUGAAUAAGCUAACUGUUCUAUUUUUAAUUUGUUACUACAUAAAGAAAAGAAA